AUGUCUUGCUUUACGACCCCACAGCUGACUGGAGCAGCUGCCGCUUAUUUUGACAGUACGACUCGUCAGGACGGUAUGACAAGCACCCGCCCACCCCUCGCACCAUUGGACCCUUUCACGCUGAGACCACAAGUCUCAUUGAAGCAUCACCACUCGCCGCCAACCGUACCAUUAUACUCAGCCGCCGAAUGCCUCUUCAGUCCCGACUCACCCGACUCACCUCUGGCCAUCCGAUCUCGGCGCGUCCCCGCACUCAUGCACCGUACGCCCCUCGCACACCACCGCACGCUGCCGCUUCAAGGACCAACACAAUGCCGGAGUGCUGAACAGGACGACAUUGACGAGAUUAUGCGCUUCCUGAAGCGUGUCUCGCGGUGCAUGACGCAUGUGUACCAGGUGAUCCUGUCGGUUGCAACAUUGAUAUUGUAUGCAACGAUUGCCACCGUUCAAUGGUUUGCUGUCGUCGCUUUUGUGAUUGAGGUGAUGAUGAUGAGUUCUCCUUCCGUGCGGGGUGACCAUGGGGGUGGUUUCAUAGGCCCGAUAGUCGAGCAGCUCACAACAUCGACUGCGACUAGCUACGUGGAGAUUACUCCUUCACUACAUCCCCUCGCUAGCGAGGCGGCGGCUCUGAACUUCUUAUCUGAGCAAAUAGACCAGGCACAUAAUGUGUUAACGUUGGUCGAGGGACUAGGUGACGACGCGUUUUUUGCGUAUCAUCAUGCCAAUGUGCAACGUUUUCUGAGCAGAUCCAGAGACGACCCUCCACCUGGGGGGAGUAAAACAGAAGUCGAUCCAACUGUCAACUUCAGGGGUCUUGACUCUACUCUCUUCCAAACCCUGUCUCCGCACGGUUUCAUUGGGAGAACGAUCUCCCAUGCGCUAGACGAGGUGACAUAUCACUCUAAGCGCAGUCAAACGGCAUUUCUUAUAAGAAGAAGUGCCAUCCGGGAAUCACGUCUAGACAGCGUGUACCUACUGGCAUCUUCUAAUCUACUUCUUGAAUACUCGUCCAUUUUGUCAAAAAUGGAGAGCAUUAUACUCGACGUGGGAGCUCUCCAUCACCAUCUAUCACGCAACCUUCCAGAAGUUCUGCAAAGCCGCCAAGCAGCUACUUCAAGACGCUCAAUAUGGGGCAUUUUUGCCAGUCGAAGACUAAAUUCCAGAGCUGUUGAAGAAGAAAGCCUAGAAGCCUUUGUUGCGGGCUUGGAGACUGUCCUUGUCAACCUGCGACAGCUCAAAGCUUACCUGGAAUGGAUCACAAACCAAUUGAGUCAACGAACUCUCUUAUCAAGCGUCUCGACAGCGUUAUCAUCUAGUAACCGUUCCUGUUCAUCUGCGCUUAUGGAUCUGUUGGAUCGCGCAAGCAGAGCUUCAAAGAAAUCGAGGAGUCGCUGCUGCCGUUGUCCGGACUCUGGAAAGGACGAUUCGCCAACGGCUCCGGCAAGGGUGGAAUUUAAUAUCCCUGGCAGUCGCACACUGCCAACAGUGAGCUGA